AUGGAUACAACCAUGGAUACACCAAGACAAAAAUGUGGCAUAUGCAAUCAACGUGAUGUAUCAAAUGAAAUGUCACUUUUUUGUGAAAUAUGUGUUGCGACAACAGUGAAUGAAAAAUUAUCAACAAUGAGUAUGAAGGAAAAUGAUGCUCUAUUAAAGUAUCUUGAAAAAGAUGCUGGAUCUGAACAAUGUGAUGAUUGUAACCAGAUAAUUCGGAUUCAUGAAUACUGUUUAGAAAAUAAUAACGAAAAAUUAUAUUGUAUUGAUUGUGGAAUAAACAAAAAACAGUUCGACAACAUCAUUAUUAAAAAUGAAAAUAUUAAAGAAGCAGAGAAACGAAGUAUUAAAAGAAUUCAAAAUAUUAUUAAAAAAAUACGUACAACAACAAAUAGAAACUAA